CCUCACCAUUUUUGGCAGUUUGGAAUCAUUACAGAGAAACAUGAAAUAUUCUGGGAGUCGCAACAUGAUGAUCGUGUUGAUUUGUGUGUUUAUAGCUGUUUCCCCAGCUGGAUGUACUGUUAAUACACCAUCAACAGUAAUCAACUCUUUACAAGAUCUUCUGCAGCUAUUGAAAACUCUUGGUAUGGAAAUCAAUGCUCUAGUAAACAAGCCAUCAAUGCAGCCACCAACCAGUAACACAACCCCAUCUCCUUCCAGCACACGACCCCAAAAGUUAGUAUCAGUCAGCAAGCCCAUUUCAGUAUCCACUAAGGAUGCACCCCCAAUGGGCAACACUAUUAAUCAAAAUACAUUCAUUAGCAAUGACAAGACAAAUAGCAAGCCUUUCUUCAUCAGUGGAACAACCAGACUUACAGCAUCAGAGGGCAAAACAGUAUCCACUUCCAGUACAAGAUUGGCUGGACAGUCACUAACGAGCAGUAAGCCAUUGUCUUCUCAAAGUAUUGGAACCAUUGGUCAGGCACUGUCAACUAGAAACAUCACUAAUUUGUCAGUAUCAAACAGCAAGACCAUGCCUUCUUCUGGCACAGGGACCACUAACAGUAAGACUGUGUCUUCUACUGGUACAGGGAUCACUAACAGUAAGACUGUGUCUUCUACUGGUACAGGGACCACUAACAGUAAGACUGGGUCUUCUACUAGUACAGGGGUCACUAACAGUAAGACUGUGCCUUCUAGUGGCACAGGGACCACUAACAGUAAGACCGUGCCUUCUAGCGGCACAAUGAUCACUAACAGUAAUACAGUGCUGUCUUUUGGGACAAGAGCCACUAGUCAAUCAGGACCAAACAGUAAGAUAGUACCUUCAUCCAGUACAGGAAGCACUAAUCAGUCCAAACCAAGCAGUAAAACAGUGUCCUUUCCUAGCACAGGAACCAUUAGUCAUUCAGUAACAAACAGUAAGACAACGAUUUCUUCAGAUUUGAUAAUCACCAGUCAUGCCAUACCAAACAACAACAUAAUGUCUUCAUCCAGUACAAAGUCCACUAGUAGCUCAGCAUCAAUGAGUAACACAUUACCUCCCUCUGGAACUGCAACCUCUAGCAAUGCAGUAAAGAAUACUACAAAUCCUUCUUCCAGUACUUGGACCACUGAAUAUUUGGUAUCAAGCAGUAAACCAGUGUCAUCUCAAAAUGCUGGAAUCACCUCUCAAUCAUCAUCUUCAAGUGCUGGAGCAGCAUCAUCUGUUAGCAAACCAAUAUCUUCUGUUACUGUGCAACUAUCAACCAGUAAAACUGUGCCAUCAUCCGGGAGCCUUCCAACUAUUGUUCAGUCUUCAACAAAAAGGACUUCUAUAAUGCAGACCAUUGAGACAUCAGUACAGACCAGUAAGCAAGCCAUUAGUCCAACUGGAUCUACUAAAGGACCUUCAAAUUCUUCUUUUCAUCCAACUAUCUCCUUCGCUCUGGUUUUUUUGACACUAGUUUUGGGUGCCGUCUGAACUUUCCCCGACACCACGCAAGCUACCCAGCCUUCGAAUCCCAUAGCUCGUAAAAAUGUGUCAUGUUAGUUCCUUUGUACAGUACACGUUAAUAUGUAAUGCCGUGCAUGAUCUGAAGAAAUUAGUUUUAUAGAUAUUGAUUUGCAGGACAAACUCCAUUCUAUAUGUCACUUCAGUGAAAAAAAAGCAUUCAUUAGCAUCUCACUGUACCUGUGCCAUGAUCAGGGGGAUAGGGGAAAGCAAUGACUUGGUGAGAGCAGAAAUCUAAGAAGUGUUAGAAAUGUGUAUCACAUGUUUAAACUUUUAUAAAAGUUACUUUCAUUUUUUCUAUUUUAUAAUUAAAUAAUUU